GGGAGAAAGAGAAAGAGAGGAAUAUAUGGACUGCAUUCAUUUAUCAGUACAUUCUAUUGAGAGUUGUAUCUACCCACAAUAGUCUCGUGUGCAUUUUGUUCUGUUAUCUUUUCGCAUAUUGGUUUCUGCAGAGUGAAGGAGUCUCGGGGGCCAGGAAAAGCAGUGUACAGCAGCAGCCAGCUGCGCGUGGAGGUUACAGCAGACAGAACGGAGCAGAACCGGAGCCUGGGUGGAACGUGCCGCGCGCAUGACAGCUUCAAAGGAACGCAGCGCCGCGCGGCAGCACACAAAUUGAGCCCGCUAAUCUGGCCCCUGCACCGCUCUUGUCAAAAGCAUCUGUGUGAAAUAACCCUCCUCAUGCAGAUCAGCCUCUAAACUAGGGCAGGCUUUAUCCCUCAUCUGUUCCGCGGCGCCGCCGACCGGAGCCUCAUAGUCAGCAGUGGAUAGUGCAGGAAUGAAGUGGACCGCAUAGCAAGAGAUCAGGCGAUUGGCUACUGCACCUUGGCUUUCUCCUUUUCACUCAAAACGUGACACAGUCUGGAAUUAACUAACCAGACGUUUUAAUAAUUUUUUACUAUUUCAUCAAUACUGAGGAUAACACCUAGUUUGCACUUCCUGAACGAUUGGAGACCGCAAAGGAGAUCUUUUUUCCCAGACAAAUUUAUUUGGAUGACCGGCUUUCCAAGUGGCUUUUUUAUUGGAUUCUCUACUACUUGGACUUUAAUCUCAGAAUCUCUGAUUGUUAUCCGUCGUUGCAUGUAGAGGGUAACGGUAAAAAAAAAUAACAGAAGAAAAUCCGAAGAAUCGAAGUUCAGUUCUGUAAGUACGUUACAUAUGAGUUGACUAUGUAUAGUUCCCCGCCACUCCUGCUAGAACCGUAGCCAGCCCCUGUGGUCGAGAAGUUGCUUCUCUCUACCUCUGUGCGCGAACACUUAGAGCUAACACCCCUUUCUAUGUAGUAGAUCGCCUGGAAAGAUACAAAAAAAUAGAGCGUUCUCCUUCACCCCCGCCUCGUACCAACAGGCGGUUCUGGUCUAAAGGUUCUCCAGAGAAUGGUAAAUGGCCGAUGGGGAAUCAUGAACAGCACUUUGGAACUCGAAGAUGGACCACGGCAUAAAAAUCAGACAUUCUGCGAGUGUGUACCCAGCUCCUCCCAGAUCAAACACCGCUGGUCGGACUCAGACACAGUCAGAGAGACCCCCUCACCCACCAAGAGGAUGAGCUGCAGCUACCUUCUGUGCACCAUCCUCCUGUUCGUAGCCGUCCUACUCGCCGUCACGGUAACCGGCACCAUCCUCUUCAUGAACCACAACCAGGCCCCGCCCAUGUCCGACGGCCCACCCCACAUCUCCACCAACCAGGACGAGGCCAACGCCCUGGUCACUGUGGAGAGGGGCGACGGCUCGCGCAUCAACAUAUUUAUUGACCCCAACUGUCCUGACUACAAUGGAAACUUCCUGCGCCUGGAGGGGGUGCAGACGUCGCUGCUCCACUCGCUGACCGACCACGACACCGACCUGAAGUCCGUCAAAGGUCAGGACCGGGCACUGCUGGUCAAUCUAGCUGAAGAGGUGGCUAAACUGUCGGCCCAUGCUGGUCAGCUGAAAAUGGACUACGAGUCUCUGAGACGAGGCCAGGGGAGUCUGGGACAGGACCUGAACACACUGCAGACAGAGCAAGGACGCCUCAUACAGCUGCUGUCCGACUGCCAGAUCAACAUGGUGAAGGUGGUGAACUCUGUGAGCGAUGCUCUCAACUCCAUGCAGAAGGAGACGGGAGGCCUGAAGGCUCGUGUCAAGGCUGACUUACAGCGGGCACCGGUCAGAGGAGCUCGCCUCAAAGGCUGUGCCAAUGGCUCUCGUCCUCGUGACUGUGGCGAUCUGUAUGCUAACGGGCAGAGGGAGGAUGGCAUCUAUUCUGUGUUUCCCACUCACUACCCCUCCGGCUUCCAGGUCUACUGUGACAUGACCACGGACGGAGGGGGCUGGACGGUGAUCCAGCGCAGGGAAGAUGGCUCAGUCAACUUCUUUAGAGGAUGGGACUCCUACCGCGAGGGGUUUGGAAAAAUCACUGGAGAACACUGGCUCGGGUUGAAGCAGAUCCAUGCUCUCUCCAUCCAGGGCAACUAUGAGUUGAGGAUUGACCUGGAGGACUUUGACAACAGUACAGCCUAUGCCCAGUAUGGGAUGUUUGGAGUUGGCCUGUUCUCUGUGGACCCUGACGAUGACGGAUACCCACUGACCGUUGGAGAUUACUCUGGAAAUGCAGGCGAUGCUCUGCUAAAGCACAACGGAAUGAAGUUCACCACCAAAGACAAGGACAACGACCACUCGGAGAACAACUGUGCCUCCUUCUACCACGGUGCCUGGUGGUACCGUAACUGCCACACGUCUAACCUGAACGGACAGUACCUCCGCGGGCAGCACACCUCCUAUGCCGACGGCAUCGAGUGGUCCACCUGGACCGGCUGGCAGUACUCCCUCAAGUUCUCCGAGAUGAAGAUACGGCCCUCUCGCGACGAGAGCAAAUGAGAGAAAAUGAGGGAAUAAAAGAAGAAAAAGAGAGGAAAGGAAUUUCAAGGAAGAAGGUGCUCAUAAGAAUAAAUAUAAAACCCCACACUCAAAAAGACAGCUAUAGGCUGUAGUUCUUGUUCAGCUAUUGUUUGCUGACUGACUAAAAGGACACCUUUGAUUGAUAUACUACUAUUGUCUACUUUUUUCUGUGGAACCCUCAUCCCUUUCCCCUGCCCCGCCCCACUUGCUGUGCCCUCUGCUAAUCCCUCGUCGCUCGCUGCGUACUAGUGUUGUGCUGAGGUUUUUCGUGCCCCCCCACCCCCAUUAUCCUUUAUCACUAACAUUAGGAGAUUUCUUGCCAACGAUUUUUGAGUGUUUCCUUCCUGACAACGACCACGCCGCAACACAAAAUGAAUCUGACUCACUCUUACUUCGCAGGAGUUUGGUGUCAUCUUAAUUGGGGAGAACAGGCCUGUGGUGAGGACUGGAACGGAGUCAGUGGAAUGGUCUCAAAAACCACGUGUUUGAUGCCAUUCCAUUUGCGCCAUUCCAGCCAUUAUUAUGAGCCGUUCUCCCCUCAUCAGCCUCCACUGUCUUACUUACAUCUCUCUUUCUCGCUCCAUCUCCUUGCGUUAUUUAUAUCUGGUCAUCAAUCAAUUAUCUGUCUUUUCUAUCUGAGCCUUGACCUUGACCUCUCUCCUGUGAUAGUUGCGCCCUGUAGCCAGUAGUACUAUUCCCACAGUCCUUCCCUGCGUUGUUUCCAGUCAGCGAAGUGUGGCGUUACCGUGUGACCUUUGAACAAGUGGCUGAGUCAGAACAGGAGAUGUGACAUUACAGUUAGAACACACACGCACGCGCCCGCGCAAGCACGCACGCACACACACACACAUACCAAAGCCUCUGUCCCCUGAAGCUACAGUAUUACCAUGACACAGCAAAACUCAGUCUGUCACCCAAAGGGACCUGGCUGUAUUGGCCUUCCAGUCAGGAGACAUGCUAAAAUGGCACAACCCACAGUAUCUCACCACCCACGGUACUGCUUAAGCAUCCCUUUAUUAAAGAUAUACUCUGGGAAUGGUGUAGAGGGAACGGUUGAAAUAGAAGGAGAGAGAGCUAGACGUAUCAAACAGAGGGGUGAGAAGGGAAUUACUAAAUGAAAAGGGGAAUAAGAUAGACAGUGUGAGAAAAAAGAAGGAGGAGAUCAAAUAGAGGGCUGAGGGAGCGAUCGACAGAGCGAGAGGGGGCGAUGGAUGGAGAUCAAAUGGAGGGGCGAGGGAGAAGGGUAAAUGAGAGGGAGCAGAUAUCAUUAAUCUGACUGAGGCCAUUAGGGAGCAUAUUGGGCACUUUGUCUGAUCAGCUUGCCAGCUGAUCACCAGCCAAGUUACCGCUACGACAGAGCCCCAGACGUUAACUCCUCAGUGUGUGUGUGGACGUGUUUAACUAUUCUUGUGGGGACCAGAAGUCCCCACAAGAAUAGUAAACGGAACAUAUUUGACCAACUGGGGACAUUUUGUUAGUCUCUACAAGGGCAAGUGCUAUUUAUACGGGGUUUAGGGUUAAGGUUGGAAUUAGUGUUAGGGUUAGAAUUACGUUAAAGGUUAGGAGCUAGGGUUAGUUUUUGGGUUAGGAGCUAGAGUUAGGUUAAGUGUUAAGGUUAGGUUUUUGGGUUAAGGUUAGGGUUAGGGUUAUGGUUAGGCUAUUCGAGCUCCCAGACAGAUACAUAGCGUUAUAAAUGUGAUAAGAGUUAUCACGUUCCCAUUGGUAGUAAGUGAAUAGAGCAGGCAGCAGUAUGAAAAAGCGAGGGAAGAGAGUGUGGGGAAGUUGCAAGGGGACCCUUGGGGCCAACAGAAGAAAGAAAGAAAGAGGUCCAGCCACCUUCCAGAGACAGGAGUGACAUGACAAGAGAGUAAAAUCUGUUUUUCAUCUCUUCCUUUAGGAAAGUAAAGCAUGUUUUAGCCUUUACCCCCACGGUCACAACAUUAAAUAGUCCCCUACUCCCCUGAGCAUUUCAACUCUACGCCUGUGUUUUCGCAAUCAGCUGUAACCGGUAGAACCUGUCUAACUCAUUGAUGUAACACAUACACACGCAGCUACAUACACACAUUAUGUCUCUCCUCCUUUAUGUUCUGUUUCAUCCAUAUCUCAUGUAAGAAAAUGUCCAUCCCCCCUCUCCCCUCUCUGUUUCUCCGUCUCCCCUUUCUCCCCUUCUCCCCGUCUCCUGUAAUGUUUUUUCUUCUGUAAUCCACCCAUGUCUAGCUGAAUGUCUAGGUUUUCUGCUAGGUAGACGCAGGCUCUUUUCUUCUGGCUCUAGCAGAGAAACUGUUGAUGUAAAAUACAGUUUGCUGCUAUCGACCGAUCCCUCAACCUGGAAUUUCUUUCUUAAUAGCUCAAAAACGUGUCGUGAAUGACGACAACAAAAAAUAUGUUUGUCUGUACAGUAUUAUAAAAAAGAAAAAAAACACAUGAAGAGAAGUUUUGCUAAUUGGUGGGGAUGAAAUUGUGCAAUUCUGAAUAUUUUUUUAAAUUUGGUGUAUCAACAGUUUUUUUUCUCUUCAUUUUUUGGUUUUGUUAUGGAUUUUCUUAGAUGUACUGAAAGCUUUAAAGAUGUGUGUAGAUUUAUUGUACAGUGUGUAUGACUUUUAGAGCAUGUCCAGUUGUUUUCAUGCUAUGCCAAAAGACAAAAGAGAACUCAAGCACACAGACUUUACACAUCUUUACACAAGUCAAAAGAAGAAAAAAAAAACAAAUCUAGAGCCGGUACUUCUCCUCAUUUACCGGACUGGGCACCAGGGGAAGGGUGGCCAGCUGUACUUUUUGGGGAGGAGCAAGUGAGAAGAGGAGGGGCCUAGUAAAGCCCAUGAGGACAUAUCCACUUUGAUCAACAGCACAAAUUAAUCUUUACUGAAGUGAUAACAAUGGCACAUCUGGUGGCUCUGCUUUCUCUGUUCGACAUUGUGUUUUGGGACACCUUUGAUCUAUUCAGACAUUUUGGCUCUACCGGACAUACUGGUUCUAUGGGAUGCACCAGCUCUGGGGGACAUGUUUGAUCUGCCCUGGCUGCCAAUGGACAAACAGGUAUUACAGCCAGCAUUGCUCCUCAGACACUGGAUGGGCUGUGUGUUUUGGAUGGGCUGGUGCUUGGAUCCUUCUUCCGCUACAGGGCAGUCUAUUGACUGCAGUAUCGGCAGAGCCUCGGCUCUAUGCAGCCAACCAUCCACAAAAAACCUGCUCAGACUCAGUCAGAGUCAGUAAUGCUCACUGUAAUGUCAGCUCAGCUCUCCUGGAGUCCUGUGGGGGUAACACUGUGUCAGGACUCCGACCACAUCUACAGUCUGCCUCUUCUACCGCUACCCAGCGCUGCAGCUAAACAUCAAAGAACCAACUGUACGCACAGCAACCACGCGUUAUCAACAUUAAUCGUGUUACCAUGGAAACAGAAUUACAUGGGAGAUUUCGAUGUUUAACACUUGUGUCGGGUUAGAAUUAAUAGUGAUUUAGACGUACUUUAUGAUUUCAAAUGUGGUUGGUGGCGAAUUGAAAUGGUGAAACUUGUAAAGCUGAAGUUUAAUGAGGUACUGGAAUGAGUCAGACUGAUGUCGUGAUGAGACUGGCUGACUUGGAUUACAUGGAUUCCUCUUUCUGGGUGUCUGACUGCGUUUAGACCUGCAGCUACAUUUGCAUAUUUUCUUUCCACUAAAUGGUCUUUUAACCGAUCACAUGAGAUCUUUUCACAUCAGCGUUUUUUCAGAGCUGAUCCAAUUGGCCAAAGGACCAAUUAGUGAAAAAAUAUCAGAAUUGGUCUGCCUAUCUAUACGCAGACUCUGUAUGUGUGAGCUUGUGCGCUUCAGUGAGAGAGAGAGAGAGAGAGAGAGAGAGAGAGAGAGAGAGAGAGAGAGAGAGAGAGAGGAAGGGGGAGGAAUUCAUCAAAGUUAAUGUGAUGCUUAUGUAUAACUUGCCUCCCUACUAUUUGUGUUGAUAACAGAGUGAUAUUAAUAAAUCAACGAUUAAUUAAUGUGAUAACCAAUUCCAUAGAGUGGCUCACCCCCUUCAGGUCAUGUGUUGAACUGCACUGCUCAUUUUAACCCUCAACUCCACUCUCCCAUGUACAAUCUUCACUUGAGCAUCAAAUACUGCACAUUAUAUGUUCUAUCAAUGUAUUGUACACCCUACAGUCUUUUUUUCCAAACCCACCAUUCCACCUAAUUUCCUGUCUGCUGUUACAAGCACCAGCCACCUCCCUCCUCUCUGCUUAAAGGUGAACUGCAUUCACUGAUUCCGCAUGUGUUUCUUCCGGUGCUCAUUAAGGAAUGCAGUUCCCAUUACUGAAGCACAAACAAGAGUUGUCUUUGGUGUGUGGUUUAAUGUGGGUGUUUCUUGGGAGUGUCUUUUAGUAAGGAGGUGGACAAAGAUCACUGAAGCAUUGAUGCUUUCCAGGCAAUUGUGUCAUUACUCAAGGUUUUGAUUAACAUAGUGUACACUAGUGGCACCUGUUGGUCAAAAUAAUUUACAGCAGCCACAUUAUUAUAGCUGACGUCCCACACACUGUAGCGAGUGUAGAGGGGAACCCUUUUGUCUUCUACUGAAAACAGCACCAAACCAUCAGGUGGUUGUUCGAUGAAUCGAAGCUUCGGACGUCAUUGAUCACAUGCUUCUGAUAAAGUUAUACGAGUAAAGUGUUAGCGAUUUCAACAAACAAACAAGGGCAGCAGUUAGUAACUUAGUGAUAGUGAGGUAAGCUAAGAUAGCUUUGCUAUGGCGAGAAGUGACUCACUAUCUCAAGAUGAUCUACUAAUUCAGUUUUAUGUGUAGGUUAAAUGUGCGCUGACCUUGUGUUUAACCAAUCUGACAGCAGCUAGAUAGCUAGCUUCUCUGGGAUAGGUGGGACGGUAGCGUCCCACUUGGCCAAAAUACAGAAAAAAUGUAGGCCGCCAAAUUCAAAUCUAUUACUAUAAAAAUCUAUCUUUCAUGAAAUCACACAUGAAAGACACCAAAUUAAAGAUACACAUGUUGUGAAUCCAGCCAACAUCUGAUUUCAAAAGGGAUUUACGGGGAAAGCGCACCAAACAAUUAUUUUAGCUCAAUACAUAGCCACAGAAAAACACAGCCAUUUUCCCAGCAAAAGAUAGUAGUCACAAAAAGCAGAGACAGAGAUAAAAUUAAUCAAUAACCUUUGAUGAUCUUCAUCAGAUGACACUCAUAGGACAUCAUGUUACACAAUACAUUUAUGUUUUGUUCGAUAAUGUGCAUAUUUAUAUCCACAAAUCUCAAAUUACAUUGGUGCCAUGUUCAGAAAUGCCUCCAAAGUAUCCGGAGUAAUUGCAGAGAGCCACGUCAAAUAAUAAAAAUACUCAUCAUAAACUUUGAUGAAAGAUACAUGUUUUACACAGAAUUAAAGAUACACUUGUUCUUAAUGCAACCGCUGUGUCAGAUUUAAAAAAAAAACUUUACGUAAAAAGCACACCAUGCAAUAAUCUGAGACGGCGCUCAGAUUUAACAACAUUUCUCUGCCAUGUUGGAGUCAACAGAAAAACGAAAUUACAUCAUAUAUAUUCCCUUACCUUUGAUUAUGUUCAUCAGAAUGCACUGCCAGGAAUCCUAGUUCCACAAUAAAUCGUUGUUUUGUUCGAUAAUGUCCGUUACUUCUGUCCAAUUAGCUACUUUUGCUAGCAUGUGUAGUACACGUGUCCAAAAUGCUCGCGCAGAUGCAGGCAAACGUCGGACGAAAACUUCAAAAAGUUAUAUUACAAGUCGAAUAAACUGGUCAAACUUAGUAGAGAAUCAAUCUUCAGGAUGUUGUUAUCAUUUAUAUCCAAUAAGGUUCCAACCGGAGAAUUCUUUUCAGUCUCUAUAAGUAAUGGAACGCAUGGCGAUAUCAUGAGGAAUGCGCAUGACCAAGAACUGGCAAUCUGCCAGACCGCUGACUCAAACACCUCCCAUCCGGUCCCACAUCACAGUAUAGGCUUCAUUUAGCGUUCUACAGACUGUUGACAUCUAGUGGAAGCCGUAGGAAGUGCAAACAGAUCCAUAUAUUACAGAGAAUUGAAUAGGAGAUGAGUUUAACAAUGACCAGUCUCAGAAUUCUCACUUCCUGUUUGGAUUUUUUCUCAGGUUUUUGCCUGCCAUAUGAGUUCUGUUAUACUCACAGACAUCAUUCAAACAGUUUUAGAAACUUCAGAGUGUUUUAUAUCCAAUAGUAUUAAUAAUAUGUAUAUAUUAGUAUCUGGGCAAGCCAGCUGAUGUUUCUCUGUCAAAUCACAGUUUUGCCAAAAUAGCAAGAAGUACCGGUGUCUGGAAUGUGUUUCAUGACAUACUCGUUCUACAACACCUUGCUACGAAAGUAGCUUGCAACUGGAAGUUUUAUCUCGUCACGUAAAGGCAUGUUCCCAUGGACACGAUAUCAACAACUGCGAGUUGAAUGCCCUUGUCUUCAGUCAACUAAGUUGUCAACACAAUAUUCUAUAAGAUGCUAGUUUGGUCUCAUCCCGUCUCUGUUUACUCCCGCUUUUAGAUCUUUCCUAGGGGACAAAUGCCAGAACUAAUAUCCCUACAGGUGUAGGCUACAUGUGGACAUUGCCCAAACAAGGCCUGCUUGAGUGUAGUUACAUUUAUCAACAAAAAAUCGAUGCCUGUGCUUGUGUUACAAAGACAAAACAUGUUCUACUGCAAAUAGGCUAUCAUAUUGAUAUGCUUAUAAAGACGGUAUGCCUACACUUUACCGAGCAAAAUAAAAUAAGUUGUGUGUAGAGUACAACCACAGAUAGAACAGCUACAGAUGCAACUUCAGCUGCCCCAGAAAUAGAAUGGCAUUCUAUUAUAUUUAAAUUGUCUAAUCUAAGGACUUGGCUGUCUAACCACACCCUGACAUUUACAGCUCUCUGGGUGAGAUACUGUCUUCAAGUCUCCAGUGUGUGAUGUAGUCCCUUCCAUCUAUAUAAUGUAUUACAGGUUAUGGACAGGUGCAUGGGUUCACCAGGCAGAGAUCAAUAAAUACAGGCAGAUGUGAAACGCAGGAAGAUGGCACUUUCCUCAUACCAUGGGUAGCCCACAGAGUAAUAUAAGAAGAGUGCAAUUGCUGAAUUUACGUAGAUAUUCCAAACAAAGUGUGUUUGAUCACUUUCAAGCGUAACAGUUCCAUGUAGAAUGAACAAUCAUUCACAUAAUACUGUUGUUAAGGUUCUGAACAAACAAAGUCAAACAAAUCACAGAUGACUAGAAAAAGCUCAAACCAAGUGUAUUCACCCACUGGGUCACACAGCUGCGAAGACAAAGACAGGAUUACACAAGCACAUAUAUUUAUACCCUCCUACUAGGCCGAAUCAACUUCUUGUACAUCGAGUCAGCCAAUACUAUACUGUAUGUGUGUGGGAUAGGACUUCAUCUGACCUGACCACUGGCAGAAUUCCUUACUCCUCCCUAAUCUAUGACUGUCCUACCUUAUUAGUGACUGAAACCAGACUGAUGUCCUUUGCCUCCCUCCAUAGGAGCCAUGAGAUUUGACAGUAACAUGUUUGACAGAAUGUAAACGUCAUGCAAUUCCCCUUGUCUCACUCAGUAACAUUCCAUACACCUAGGUUCUAUCCACCCUCCAUUGACCCCAACAUAUAUAUGAAUUAUUCAUGUAAAGUAAGCAAUGAGUUCUAGUAUGGUAACAUGACUAAGCAUAUUUCAGACUACAACCCAACACUGUAGAAGUAGUGUUCUGCUAAUAUAACAAUGUGCAAGUAUUAUACUUGUUUUUCAUCUUCUAUUGUCAUUUACAGCCUACACCAGAUACUGUACCUAUCACCAUUUUGUCUGAUAGUACAUGUUAGUCAACAUCCUUUCGUAUGGUGUCUCAUAUACAGUGCCUUCGGGAAAGUUUUCAGACCCCUUGACUGUUUCCUCAUUUUGUCACCUUACAGCCGUGUUCUAAAAUAGAUUUUAGACAUUUUUGAAACUUUUGCAAAUGUAUUAAAAAUAAAAAACAGUAUUCAGACCCUUUGCUUUGAGACUCGAAAUUGAGCUCAGGUGCAUCCUGCUUCCAAAAAUCAUCUUUGAGAUGUUUCUACAACUUGAUUGGAGACUACCUGUGGAAAAUGCAAUUGAUUGGACAUGAUUUGGAAAGAAACACACCUGUCUAUAUAAGGUCACACAGUUGACAAUGCAUGUCAGUGCAAAAACCAAGCCAUGAGGUAGAAGGAGUUGUCCGUAGAGCUACAAGACAGGAUUGUGUCGAGGCACAUAUUUGGGGAAGGGUACCAAAACAAUUCUGCAGCAUUGAAGGUCCCCAAGAACACAGUGGCCUCCAUCAUUCUUAAAUUGAAGAAGUUUGGAACCACCAAGACUCUUCCUGGAGCUGGCCGCCUGGCCAAACUGAGCAAUCGAGGGAGAAGGGCCUUGGUCCGGGAGGUGAACAAGAACCCAAUGGUCACUCUGACAGAGCUCUAGAGUUCCUCUGUGGCGAUAUGAGAACCUUCCAGAAGGACAGCCGUUUCUGCAGCACUCCACCAAUCAGCCCUUUAUGGUGGAGUGGCCAGACGGUAGCCACUCCUCACUAAAAGGCACAUGACAGCCCGCUUGGGGUUUGCCAAAAGGCACCUAAAGAUUCUUAGACCAUGAGCAACAAGAUUCUCUGGUCUGAUGAAACCAAAAUUGAACUCUUUGGCCUCAAUGCCAAGUGCCACGUUUGGAGGAAACCUGGCACCAUCCCUACGGUCAAGCAUGGUGGUGGCAACAUCAUGCUGUGGGGAUGUUUUUCAGUGGCAGGGACUGGGAGACUAGUCAGGAUUGAGGCAAAGAUGAACAGAGCAAAUUACAGAGAGAUCCUCGAUGAAAACCUGCUCCAGAGUGCUCAGGACCUCAGACUGGGCAAAGGUUCACAUUCCAACAGGAUAAUGACCCUAAGCACACAGCCAAGACAACACAGGAGUGGCUUCAGGACAAGUCUCUGAAUGUCCUUGAGUAGCUCAGCAAGAGCCUGGACAAAAAUUUCUGGAGAGACCUGAAAAUAGCUGUGCAGCGAUACUCCCCAUCCAACCUGACAAAGCUUGACAGGAUCUGCAGAAAAGAAUGGGAGAAACUCCCCAAAUACAGAUGUGCCAAGCUUAUAGCGUCAUAUCCAAGAAGACGCAAUGCUCUAAUCGCUGCCAAAGGUCCUUCAACAAAGUACUGAGUAAAGGGUCUGAAUACUUAUGCAAAUGUGUCAUUUCCAUUUUUCAUUUUUUAUAAAUUUUCAAGCAUUUCCAAAAAACUGUUUUUGUUUUGUCAUUAUGGGGUAUUGUGUCUAGAUUGAUUAGGAACAAAUAACUAUUUUAUCAGUUUUAGAAUAAGGCUGUAAUAUAACAAAAAUGUGAAAAAGUCAAGCGAUCUGAAUACUUUCCAAAGGCAUUGCAAGACAAUUCUCUGAGAUGUUCCCCCACCACUCAAUUCAAUAAUAACAAAAUAUGACGAAAAGUCAUAUACGUGUCUUGUAUAACUUUAUUGCUGAGUGCAAGGUCUCUCCCAAUUCAGACAUCUGUAUCAACCUGUAUUUUAGUCAUGGGACUCCAUGAGAAACCAUAUCUCCUGUUCUCCAUCUAUAGAAAAACAGGGUGGAGUUGAUACACACAGCACCGGAUACCUUAUCAAUGGUUGUAAGGUGAUUUCCAGGACAGACAAGUGUUAGUAUUCUGGCCUCUGACCAGAUCAAAUGUGAGAUUGUUGCCUGGCCACGUACUGCCUAAGCCUUCUGCUCCUGAUAUGGUAGGGGGUUACCCACGUCACUGUUUAACAACAAAUCCACCAGGUUUUGUAAGUAAGCUGUGAAUUAAAUUAAAUAUCAUCACUCAACAUAACGUAAAGCGCGGAAAAUAACUUUUCUCUAUUUUAGAAGUAAUUAUACUAAUAGAGUGACCGUAAGUACAGAAUAGAUUCAGGAUAGUGAUGCUGAGCCUUUACUAUUGUCGUGUUGAAAACAACUGGUAACUCCGAACUCAAAAUUAUCCUACUUCCGACUUCAGUGCGUUCAAGACAAGUGGGAACACGUCGGAAUUCCAAGUCGGAAACGCGGCCAUCUUUCUAGAGCUCCGACUUUCCAACCUGAAGAUCACUGACCUCAUGAUUUUACCGUGUUUUUUUAAGAGUUCCCAGAUGUCUUGAAAGCACCAUACGCAACCAGCUAUGCAACAUUACAAUGCUGAAUGCUUGCUGAGAUAUAGCAAGUUAGCUAAAAAGACUGGUACUCAGGCUAGACAAGUCCCAUCCUUUAUUUUUGCCAUAGGAAAAUACACAUAGUAAAUUGGCCAAUGUUACCUAGUGUUGAUUUUUCAGUGUAACAUUUCUAGUCUAAGAGUAAAAUUAACACUCUGUGGUGUAUAAGAACCCAGGUGUUGUUGUUAAUAACCAGCAUUGAGGGUGAUGGUGUGGCUGUGUCAGUUUUACUGAGUGAAACGUUCCCAUCAAAACCACGCCCAUCAUUAUGAUAUUUCCCAGCAUGCUUUAUUGCAGCUCAAUAUUUUGGGGAGAUUGUUUUUAAGAUCUGUGUUUUUGCAUGUACAUUGAUUGAUUGAUUAAUCUUUUGCUACAAAAAGAUAAAUAACAUAAAUGGGUCUAAAAUAGUCUAAGUUAAUAAGUAACUAAGUUUAGUAGUCUAAGUUACUAAGCCAAGUUACUUAGAUUUAUUGCACCCGUUACUGAAAUGAUUGUUGAAGUUUAAAUGACUUUAGGUAGUCUCCUUAAUGCACUGUUCUUAAUACCAACAGUCAUUUUGAAUGCAGGUUGUAUGUGAAUAAAAAUUCCAACCAUUGGCUGGGCUAACUCUGCCUGGAUUCUAAAUGGAAUUACCCAUCACUUCGCACACCAGCAUAAUGUCACUUGUAAACAAGGAUGUUUCUAAACACCACUGUGUUAGGGUAGACAUUGGCCAUCAACGUAAGGCAUUAUGAUAUAUGUAAUGUUAUUAAGAGUAUAAUAUUAACAAUACAUUUCACCUACAUUACGAAUUUACUUGGUGAAGUGCACAGACCUGAAAAUAUAACGAAUUCAACAACCAUGUAUGUCUUUGUCACUUACAAAUAUGGUCAUGGGUGAAAACUCGAAAAGGCAAUUGGGAAAUGAUAUUGGAGACUUGGUUUAGUGGGGGCGUGGCUUUAGUUAUUUUUGCCACCUGUGACUGAAAGUGUUGUACCAGUUGAAGUGGUCUGUGGUUAUGUUAAUUACUUUUUGAGUACACCUGCUGAAGGUCUAUAUAAGCAUGUGCAUAGAUUUAUAAAUAGUUUUGCAUUUCAUUAUUAUGUUUUCAACCCAACAUUGAGGGACUUUCUCAAGUUAUAUGGACCACUUGUUGUAAUGGUUAAAAACACUGAGGUGUUAUUGCAUGAGACCAUUUGGUGGAAACUAUUGUAUACACACUUCCUACUGUUAAAAAUACAAUUUAAGGCGUAAACUACAUACAAUCCUAGUGUAAAAAAUACUAAUUCAGGUGUUAUUGCAUAAAACAAAGUGUAACAGCCUCAGCUCUAAGCAGUAGUAAUGUAACACUUAAUAGUGUGGAACCGUAGAGACACUGGCCCAGUGUUAAAUGUAACACUGUCUGUGUUGAUUUAGAACUGGAAAAUUUGUUUUUAAAAUAUAUGCUACCGUUUAAAAGUUUGGGGUCACUUAAAAAUGUCCUUGUUUUUAAAGAAAAACACAUUUUUUUGUCCACAAAAAUAAUAUCAAAUUGAUCAGAAAUGCAGUGUAGACAUUGUUAAUGUUGUAAAUGAACACUGCAGCUGGAAAUGGCAGAUUUUUCGUGGAAUAGGCGUAACGAGGCCCAUUAUCAGCAACCAUGACUCCUGUGUUCCAAUGACACGUUGUGUUAGCUAAUCCAAGUUGAGCAUUUUAAAAGGCUAAUUGAUCAUUAGAAAACCCUUUUGCAUUUAUGUUAGCACAGCUGAAAACUGUUGUUCUGAUUACAGAAGCAAUAAAACUGGCCUUCUUUAGACUAGUUGAGUAUCUGGAGCAUCAGCAUUUAUGGGUUCGAUUACAGACUCAAAAUGGCCAGAAACAAAGCAAUUUCUUCUGAAACUCGUCAGUCUAUUCUUGUUCUCAGAAAUGAAGGCUAAGAAAUUGCCAAGAAACUGAAGAUCUCGUACAAGGCUGUGAACUACUCCCUUCAUAGAACAGCGCAAACUGGUUCUAACCAGAAUAGAAAGAGGAGUGGGAGGCCCCGGUGCACAACUGAGCAAGAGGACAAGUACAUUAGAGUGUCUAGUUUGAGAAACAGACGCCUCACAAGUCCUCCACUGGCAGCUUCAUUAAAUAGUACCCGCAAAACACCAGUCUCAACGUCAACAGUGAAGAGGCAACUCCGGGAUGCCUGCCUUCUAGGCAGAGUUGCAAAGAAAAAGCCAUAUCUCAGACUGGCCAAUAAAAAGAAAAGAUUAAGGUGGGCAAAAGAACACAGACACUAAACAGAGAAACUCUGCCUGCAAGCUGAAGGAUGAGGACUUGUGAGGUGUCUGUUUCUCCAACUAGACACUCUAAUGUCCUCUUGUUCAGUUGUCCACCGGGGCCUCCCACUCCUCUUUCUAUUGUGGUUCGAGCCACUUUGCGCUGUUCUGUGAAGGAAGUAGUACAUAGCGUUGUACAAGAUCUUCAGUUUCUUGCCAAUUUCUCACAUGGAAUAGCCUUCAUUUCUCAGAACAAGAAUGUUUCUGUCCAUUUUGAGCAUGUAAUCGAACCCACAAAUUCUGAUGCUCCAGAUACCCAACUAGUCUAAAGAAGGCCACUUUUAUUGCUUCUUUAAUCAAACAACUGUUUUCAGCUGUGCUUACAUAAUUGCAAAAGGGUUUUCUAAUGAUCAAUUAACCUUUUAAAAUUAUAAACUUGGAUUAGCUAACACAACAUGCCAUUGGAACACAGGAGUGAUUGUUGCUGAUAAUGGGCCUCUGUACGCCUAUGUAGAUAUUCCAUAAAAAAUCAGCCGUUUCCAUCUACAAUAGUCAUUUACAACAUUAACAAUGUCUACACUGUAUUUCUGAUCAAUUUGAUGUUAUAUUAAUGGACAAAAAAAAUGUCAAUUUAUUUAAAAAACAAGGACAUUUUUAAGUGACCCCAAACGUUUGAACUGUAGUGUACUUUUAUAAGAAACGUUUAACACUAGUUGCAGACGAAGCAACAGAAUACUAGCUAGCUACCCUUGCUCUUGAUCAUGACUCCCGUUCCAUUAUAGUAAAGGCAGAAUGCCGCCAUGGCCUGAGUUAUCGAACGUAAGCAUUGACCCAAACAACAUGCAUGUUCUCAUAAAAGUAGCAAGCUACCUAACUUGCAAAUCUGGGUUAGUUAUCGAUAUCUUUGUCCGGGUUUAUAUGAAUUGCCUAGCUAGCUAAUGUUAGCUAGCAUAGAGAGGUUCUUAGCUAGCCAGUUCGAGUUGAAACAUAGACGAUAGCUGGCUAAAGUUACAUCCUAUCAAACCUUGUCAUCAGGUACAAUGUUAACUAUGCAAAUCUUCCUCUAUGACAUUACAUAACAUUACACAAUCUGGAGAGGCUAUGUAUUCAGCUAGUUACAUCACAGUAUAACAGUAUCAUAGCUAGCUAGUUAGCUACUCACCACACACCAGUCACAGCCAUCACGUCGUACGUUUGUUGCAUGUAAUCCAUUCCUUGCCAUCUAGACAUCAUCAUUGGCAAAAGCGGGCAUGUAAUCCAUGCCCAACCCAUCCAUACAUGUCAUGAUGCACUCACUUUCAAAUCUCGUUUUGGACAAGACUGACUUAAGGACCAACAUUAUCCUAUUUACACUUUGUUGUCAAUUUUGACACUGUAAUUCAUGUUUUUGAUUCAUAUCGGUGCCACAUAGGCCAUUUACAACCAGCGAAGUUGGUUCUAGAAGGCAGUUCUCCUUUACACUCAAGCACUAUCUUGACUCCAGCAUUAUACACAGAAGUUGGGAUCAUUCAGAGUUAUGCCUUUCUCCCACUCAUUAUCAUCAGCAUCAGCAGAGUACUGAUCAAUCCCCCCGUUCCCUCACGCUCCUCCAUCUCACUCCUCCUUGUUUCCAUUCCCCCUCCUUCUCACAUGCUCUCCAUAUCCCCUAACCCCUCCAUUUAUCCCACCUCCUCCAUCUCUCCAGUCACCAAACCCAACCUCCCUCGGCCCCAGGCUCCCUAGUCCCCGUCACAGAACCAACUCUGCUUUCAUUUUUCUCUCUCGUGAAUAUAGAUUGUUUUGUGGAAUCUUGAUACUGUGUUUUAAUGUUCUUGUCAACAUUUAAUAAACAUUCACAUUUUAUGAGUGGACAAGUU